AUGGUGCAACUCGACAUUCUAAACAAUCUCUGUACUCCAAAAUCAUGUGAUCGCAAAAAAUUGAAGCCUCGGUCAAAAUGUAAGAUCUCGUCAAAAAAAGCGAAGAGAAUUCGAAAGCAGCUGAAUGAGAAGGCGCUGUUCGACAGCUCAUUUAUUGUCAAAUUUCCGUUCGGGACCACGUUCAGCGAGUCAUAUGUACGCGAUCAACUAAAACCGUUUGGCUUGAUUCGAUCGGUGGUAUUCUGCACGACUGAUAGAUGUCAAGCAUUCGUGACAAUGCACAAUGAAUACAAACUGUUUGAGUUAGCACAUUGUGCGAGCACAAUCGAUCAGUUAUUCGAGAAAACGAAAGGCAUUUUAAUAGUUGAUGGCGCUGUUUGGCAGCUGGCGAGACCCGAGGAAAAGCUGAAGACCGUUUGCACGUCACUCUCCGGAAUGCAAUAUAGUGUUCCACCGUCUUCCUCAUCGACGACUACUCUAAUUUGUCCAACUCCCUCGUUGGAUUCCCUACGCGCUUGUGUCUCCUCAUCAUCGGAUAGUGCCUACCUCCCAUUGGCGCCGCCCUAUCACAUUUUGCCGAAUACGCCAUACUUUCGAAACGCGACCAUAAUUCCGCCGCCGGUUCGCGACGGAUCCAAUGUUUCGAUUCUUCAGCGGAUAAUCAAUCGUUAUUUGGAAAGCAUGGAGAUCCAUGAUGAACUUCAGCGAAUGGAAAUUGAAAAUAUGCUCAUUUUUGACGAUGAGAUUACAUUGAAAGAGAGCGUCGAAGACGUGAAAACUUCAUUGAAAUGCCCGUGGUGGCAUUCUGAAUGA